CGGCGGCGCCAGGAACAGGGAGGCGGCGGCACGGCGAGGGAGGGAGCCGGGCCGGGCCCCGCAAGAGCAACAGCAGCGCCAGCUCCUCCUCCUCCUCGGUGAGUCCCGCUCCGCCGCCCCGGGAGGCUGCUCGCCGCCGAGCCCGGAUGCCGGCGCAGGCCGGGCCGCGCCGCCGAGGUGCCCGGAGAGAGGCCCGCGCCGGGAGCGGGACACCGCGGCCUCUGCUGGGUGAACAUUACUUGCAGGACCAAAGGACAAUUGCAUAUGUUUAUGGUUGUCUAUCAGGUAACCAUAAAUGGAAGUGGGAAGGAAAUGGCUCUUGAAGUUAAAUGAGGCUGGAUAAAACACAUAAAUGAAGCAGAAGCUGCUCUGCAUGUGUUAGGGCUAUAUCACCACAAGCACUGCUGAUCAGCCAGACUUGGUAACUUGUCAUAAUGAAGAAAAUUAGUCUCAAAACAAUUCGCAAGUCCUUUAACUUAAAUAAAAGUAAAGAUGAAAGCGACUUUGUAGUGGUUCAGCAGCCAUCGUUAAGUGAAUUUGGAAAAGAUGACUCCUUGUUUGGCAGCUGCUAUGGUAAAGAUUUGGCUAGCUGUGAAGUCAAUAGUGAAGAUGAAAAAGGAGGCAAAAAUAGAUCAAAAAGUGAAAGCUUAAUGGGUACGUUAAAAAGGAGGCUUUCAGCAAAGCAAAAACAGAAAGGCAAAGGCAGCACACCAUCUGUGAGCUCUGCAGAUGAUGACACCUUUUCUUCCUCAUCUGCUCCAAUAACCUUCAAAGAUGUACGAGCUCAAAGACCUCUGAGAUCCACUUCCCUCCGUAAUCACCAUUACAGUCCAACUCCGUGGCCCCUUCGACCUACAAAUUCAGAAGAGACUUGCAUCAAAAUGGAAGUGAAAGUCAAGGCCUUGGUCCAUUCCUCUAAUCCAAGCCCAGCACUGAAUGGUGUUCGAAAGGACUUCCAUGACUUGCAGUCAGAAAACGUGUUCCAGGAACAAAACAAUGCAUUAAAAAAUACAGAAUCUCAGAAUGGAGACUUGCAUCUUCAUAUUGAUGAACAUGUGCCUGUAGUUAUUGGAUUAAUGCCUCAGGACUACAUUCAGUAUACUGUGCCUUUAGAUGAGGGAAUGUAUCCUUUGGAAGGAUCACGUAGUUACUGUCUGGAUAGUUCCUCACCCAUGGAAGUUUCAACUGUUUCUUCUCAAGUAGGUGGAAACGCUUUCCACGAAGAAGAGAGUCAGGUGGAUCAGGAUGUAGUCGUUGCACCAGAUAUCUUUGUGGACCAGACAGUGAAUGGUUUGUUGAUUGGUACCACAGGAGUCAUGUUGCAAAGCCCAAGAGUUAAUCACAGCGAUGUCCCUCCACUCUCACCUUUGCUACCUCCAAUGCAGAAUAAUCAAAUCCAAAGGAACUUCAAUGGAUUGAAUGGAACAGAUGCUCACGUGGCUGAAAGUAUGCGCUGCCAUUUGAAUUUUGAUCCUAACACUGCCCCUGGAGUUGGAAGAGUUUAUGAUUCUGUACAGAACAGUGGUCCUAUGGUUGUGACAAGUCUCACAGAAGAACUGAAAAAGCUUGCGAAACAAGGAUGGUACUGGGGCCCCAUUACACGUUGGGAGGCAGAGGGAAAAUUAGCUAAUGUGCCUGAUGGCUCGUUUCUCGUUCGAGAUAGUUCUGAUGAUCGUUAUCUUUUAAGUUUGAGUUUUCGUUCCCAUGGAAAAACUCUUCACACUAGAAUUGAACACUCAAAUGGUAGGUUUAGCUUUUAUGAACAACCAGAUGUGGAGGGACAUACAUCUAUAGUUGACUUAAUUGAACAUUCAAUCAGGGACUCUGAAAAUGGAGCUUUCUGCUAUUCGAGAUCCCGACUGCCUGGAUCUGCAACUUACCCAGUGAGACUGACAAAUCCAGUGUCUCGGUUUAUGCAGGUGCGUUCUUUACAAUACCUGUGUCGUUUUGUAAUACGUCAGUACACCAGAAUAGACCUGAUUCAGAAACUGCCUUUGCCAAACAAAAUGAAGGAUUAUUUACAGGAAAAGCACUACUGAAAGCUUAUGGGAAUCUUGCAUCUUGCACUUUGGGAACAACAACAACAAAAAGAGAUUGAAUUACAGUUUACAGACUUUCAUUAUUAUCAAAAUCUUUUGCUGCCAUAAAAAUAUUUCAUUUUUGUGUGUAAAAGAAAAGUAAUGCAUUUGGAUUUAUGUUUGUUUUGGGGGGUUUGUGUAUUUUGGGGGGCUUUUAUUUUUGGAAAGAAUGAUCUCAAGUUUAUUUUUAGAAGUGUGAAAUAGCUAUCUUUCAUCAAUGUGCAGAUUAAUCACAAUGUGAAUGAUCAAAUUCUCCUUAAUUUCCCCCAAGUCCUUUGCUGCUAUCCACUGUGAUUUUUAUGCAUUGAAAGCACAUUUCAUGUGUAUUCAACCAUAAGUAAAAGUCAAAUGAAACUUGUUGAAUGGAAUUUUUUUUUUCCUUUCAAAUAGCCUGUUUAAAAAAAAAAAAGAUCGUGGAUAAAAAACAUGUUGGUAUUCUAAAUUACAGAAUAUACAUCUAUGUUAAAAACAAUUUCCUAGUAUCUUAAUUAUAAAUUUCUAUAGAGAUAUGCCCUAAUGUAGAACUUAUAGACAGAGCUGUGUGAUAAGAACAUGGUUAUGCAGCAUAUCUUUGGGAAAAAACCCACCACCCUGUCUCCUAAGCCUUGUAUUGUCUGUACAUUAUUUUGUAUUUGAGAAGGUUGGUUCAGCUUUCUUCUUGUCUCAGUAUUUUGUCCUUCUAAAAAUGGCCUUUUUAAAAAAAAAAGUCUGUGAAAGUCGAUGUGUAGUACCUAUAAGGAAAUUAUGGUAUUGGGGGCCUUGUCAAAUAUUACCUUUUAAAAUCAUGACAUCAGUUAAAUAAAUGAACACCUACCAGGUCCCCUCUUUCUGUCCUUUUCCCUCCUGCCUCCUCUUGGGAAGGGAAUUUCCUGGAUUUGUAGGAAGACUCUAGGAAUUAUUAUUAUUAUGGGAACAUAAAUUCAUAAGCCAUUUUAGGGAUGGGGUAAAAAAUCUGAUAGGAUGAUUCUACAAUAUAUAUUCAAACUACUUGAAAUUUUACAAUUUUCUGCAUUAUUUUUCACUUCAGAAAUGCAGUAAUACACUACUGUCCUUGGGAUUGUUUUCCCCGUUUUUGGGAUAUGUUUUGUGGAGGAAGGAACAGGACUGAUAACAUUUUGGAUGGAAGAUGAUUAAAAUGUAUCUCUAAAGCUCUGUUCUCAUAGCCUUUGAAAAUAUGGGGAAAAGAGGUUUGGAUAUACAUUGACCUCAGAAAAUGUUUCAGUUUAUUGUCAUGAAAUAUGUUUUGACGUAUGAAAUAUUGAAUCAAUUAAGUAAAUGUUUAUGACAUCUGUCAAAGAUUCUGGCAUUUGAAAAGCUUACAGUUAUUCUAACCUUCUGUAGGGAAAAAAAGACUUUCAAUGGGGAGUACAGGUUCUACACUAUAAUAUUUUCAUCAUGCAAUUUUCCAUGGCAUUUUCCUUUUUUGUUUCAGGUUUUUUUCCCCUCAUGAUUCUGUCACUUUUAUUUGUUAAAGGAGUCUUGGCUCACUUGGGACAGAAGCUUGCUUUGCCUGCAUCUGCCCCCGUUUUGUAUUCUAGAAUGUCAUCUUCCCUAUCUCUGGUAGGAGUUGCUAGUUUGCUAGUCAGUAAACAUCAGUUUAGGAAAGGUUAUUCAUCUUUGAUACAACUUUCUUGUUUAGGUCAUUUUCUUCUUGUUUGAUCUAGCCUUUUGUCCCCUGAAAUGAGUCUUUAGUAAUGAAUACAGUAUUGCUGCAAGGUGGUGCAAUAGCACUACAUCUUGGGUUGCCUGAAUUGAUAGACUAAAUUUAUAUUUUUUUAAUUUAUUUUUUGACCAUAAUGUUUAACUAAAAAAUAAAAAAAGAAAAUCAAAGGUAGAUAAAGGUUACCUUUGCUUUUAAGGGACGGAGAAUAAGGAUUUCUUCUUUAGUCUGAUAAAGUUUUAAACUUAAGAAAAAAAUCUAGAGCAGUCUAUAUGCGUAAUUUGUUGGCUCUGCCAUUGAGAUAUAUGUAUGCAAGUGUGAAUUCUGUUUUCUUUUUUUCCUCUACUGACUUCCCUCCCCCUCCCUCGAAUCAGGAUUUCUAACUUUAUUCAAAAAGGCACAAUAACCUAUUGUAUGGUACAGUGUUCUGAUUCUGUCUGUGGGGAGGAAAAAGAAAAUCAUUUUUUUGGAUUUCAGACGCAUACUUUUGGAAGAAAACCUCUGGCAUUUUCUUCACUUUAAAAAUUCUUUCCCCGGACAAGCUAGAGGACCUAUGCAUUCUACAGAAUCUUUGAAAGAUUAUAGUAUAUUAAAUAUUUUCUUUGCCAUUUAAUACCACUAUUGAAUGCAUUAAACAUAUGUUUAUACUACACCACAUGCAUUAAUUUAGCAGUCAUUGCAUUGAAACUUAAAUAGUUGAAGCUAUAAUAUCCUGGUCUUAUUGCUGAACUGAAAAACGUGCAGGAACGCACAUGCUAAAUUUCUUGCCCAUGCCUUUAUAAAUUUCAGGUUGUUCAUUCAUACGUGUUGAUGCUUUUUUUUAAACUUUGGUUCAGCUAUCCAGUUUUUGAAUUGCCUUCCUUGCUGUGUUCUUCAUCUGCGAACUUAAUCAGGUCAAGUUAACUUUGUCAUCUCCCCUCCCUCCAGUAAAGCUUCUACAAAAGGAACACUGUAAAAUGGUUGAGAUCUAGGAUGUGAGAACCAUAUAGCACUUUGUUUCUAAAUAAAAAAUGGUGGUGAUAUUUCUACUAAGCUCAAAAUACUUUAAAUCAGUAGUAAGUAGACACAAAUACUUACUUUUACAUGUUUCAUUAAUCAGAACCUUGCAGUACUUUUUUUCACGCUGAGGUAACUGGCCAGCCAGCAGAAGGAACCCAGAAAAAUUACUUUGAAAACAUUAAAGAUACUUAUAAUUUCUUAUAAUAAAGAUUAAUAUUAAAGAAACACAGUAACAUUUAGUUAUGAGACAAUUUAGAAGUACUUGGAGUAACUACAAAAAUUAUGUUGACUUCUGCUUCAUGAAAAUUAGAGGAACAAAGCGUCCUUGACAAAUAAAAGGAAUAUGAGGAUAUUUUGGGGACCUUUGGAAGUAGAUACACUAGGAAUAAAAGCUAACUGACUAUAAUCUUUACAGAGUAAAAAUAUGGCUAUUUAUUCAGCACAACAGUUUAAGGGUUCAAAAGGUAUGCUUUUAUGCAGUUGAAUUGUGGAAAAAUGUUUGAGCAUCUGAAGUGAUUGACAAUAUUGAUAACAUUGUCCGUUUUACGAAUUAGAAGAGUAAAACAACACCUUGUAUUUGGAAAUAGAAAAAUAAAUUUGCACAAUUUUCUCUGUGGGUUUGAUUAUUUUUUUUGUAGGCCAGUGUUAUAAACAACUGAAAGUGAUUUGUAUUCUUUGAUCUGUUUGAAGGAUAUAGCACUUAUCCUGCUGUUGGCAGAGUGAAUGCCAUCUUUUUAUCAAAAUGUUUUUCUGUCAGAAGGAUCAGAAAUGCAAUUAUUAAUUAAACUCUUUGUUCUCAGAUGAUCUGACUUUUCAUUUUGUUAAAGCCAAUUUCUUUCUGUGAAUUUUGACUGCUGGGCUAAGUGAAAUCUGUGCAGGUUUUGUUUUGAUGCAUUUCAUCUAUGUAAAUUCUGGAAUUAUAAAUUUAAAACACCAUACCAGCAAUAUAUGAGCUAUGGUUCUGAUGAGAAUUAUUUCUCUGUUACUGAACUUUCAAAUUCCGAGCUAAGCUAUGGAUAAAUUAAUGAUUGCCAAUUUAAUUUCUUAAACUCUUUUUACGACUGCAAAGAAUAAAAAUUGCGAGCAUUCUUUAUAAAUAAAAAAUGGGCUAGAUUGUAGUUCAUAAUAUGGGAAAUACGGCAUUGUAUCUGGAGAGUGUUCUAAAUUCUACAUAGAUAACGAAAAAUUCUUAAAGAAUUUUGUAUGAAUACAUGUUGGGUUAAAGAAUUUUUAUAGUGAUGAUGGAGUGCCAUGAAGUUAAUACUUGCAAUCCAGAUUGCUGUAGUUUACACUUUUCUCUGUUUCAGACCUGGUGUGCACUAUUUGUACUAAGCACGCCACAGAGUGAAUUAUCCAAAGUCCAUUGAUUUUAAUGUGUUUUGGUUUGUAAACAAAAUUAUAGUAAUUUCUUGCACAUUUUUGAAAAAUAAUUGUAUAAGGAUUUAUGUAUCUGCUUCUGGAUACAGUGUGUAAAUAAAAAU